AUAAUUCUGGCAUUCUUAAAAUUUUACAUUGUGGAAAAAUUGUCGUGUUGUCUAGAGAGUAUAGAUUACCAAGUGAUGAAAAUACCUCAAAAAAUAAAGACAAUUACUCUAAUUUUAAUAGUGAGAUGAAGAAGCAUUGGUCAAAAUUUCGUAAGAAUUUAAGAUCAACUGAAAUUAAAGGUGUUCAAAAAAAUCUUGGUUGGGACAAUGUUAAAGAAAAUCAUUGUACUGAUGAACAAGGUUCAUCACGGGCUAGGGUACUGGAUACACCUUGUUUAAAUAAUUUGGAAGAGGGUCAGGGUAAUUAUUUUCAAGAUGAUUUAUUUGAUAUUGAAAAAUCUUCAAGUUAUCAUCAUCGAUUAUCUGACUAUGAGGAAUUUGAACAACAACAACCUUCUCCUUGGUCUCAGUCUCCUGCUCCAUCUCCAGCUGUAACGGAUCUAAAUUGUAAUCCUUUCUUUCAAGCUAUACCUGAAAUUGAUGAUGAAGCAUUCAAUCCCUCCUCUUCAAGUUCUUCGUCUCCUGACCUUCAUUCCUCACAUAACUUUAGCUAUCCGGCUAUUACAGAUAACAAUGUUUACUCUAUUGUACAUAUUCCUUUAAUUCAUCCUACUACUGUUAAAAAUGUGGUUCCUACAAAUACAAAUCGCGCACCUGUACCUAUAGCAAUUUUAUCGUUUCUUUCAUGCCUUGUUCCUUAUCCAUCGGAUUUAAUUAACUCUUUAAAAGGCCUGGCUCCAUUCUUGGCAACAACCUUAUCAGUCUCAAUGAUACAUCAGCAGUCUGUUGUCCAAUUAUCUUGUACAACUCCAACUAGAUUAGAAAGACGUCGUAGUAGUCAACAUUCUAAUAUGACUGCUACUCCAUUUUCUACGGAUUCUUUGGUUGAUGAUGAUGAAUUUAGUUUAUCAUCUGGUGAAUGUUCGACAGCAUCAACAAAUUCUUCAAAAUGGACUGCUUAUGGAUGUAGUCCAAGUUUAGACUCGGAUAAUGAGAUGAAUUCAUUUAGUAAUAUACAGGGUUUCACGAGAUCUGAUAGUUAUGAACAUACGCCUGUCUCUGAUACUAUACCAUUAACCACGAACUCUCAUCCACACACUUUCAUAACAUCACGCCGUUCGGGGAAAAAUCGUAGAAUUUCGAUGCCAGCGGACACUACUUUCUGGCACCGUAAGAGACGUCGAUCAAAACGUUCUUCAAGAGGAUCGAAUCAGUCAGAAGAUUUACUCGGGCGUGGGUGGAUAGAAGUUAUACAUCCUGAUGAUCGAGCCAACGUUUUGGAAAUGUGGAACACUACAUUUUUACGUGGAGAAGGGACAAGUGCUAACUACCGCAUGAAACGAUUUGAUGGACAAUAUCGUUGGUUUCUUGGCCGUGCUGGUCCCUUACGUGACGCAAGAGGUGUUAAUAUUCGUUGGUUUGGAACUUGCAUUGACAUUCAUGAUCAAAAAUUAGCUGAACAACGCCAAAGUCGACAACUUCAUAUAGAAGCCAGUGAAAAAAAAUAUCGACUUCUUGCAGAUGCAAUACCUCAAAUAGUAUUCACUGCCACACCUAAGGAUGGUAUAACAUAUGUAAAUGAUAAAUGGUUGGCUUAUUCCGGUCAAACUGAGGAACAAGCAAAAAAUUUAGGAUUUUUGUCACACGUUCAUCCGGAUGAUCGUGCGAUUUGUCGUUUACCGGAAGAUACAGCAUCUGAUAUGGAAAUGGGUUAUUCGAUUGAGGUUCGUUUGCUGCAGAAUGACGGGGAAUAUAAAUGGUAUCUGGUAAAAUGUAUUAGUGUUGAGGUUUCAGAAGAAGGCCGUAAAUGGCUUGGUACUUGCACUGACAUAAAUGAUCAUAAAGUAUUAGAGCAAAAACUUAAGGAGGCUCAUGAUGCAGCUAAAAGAUCAAUGGAAAGUAAAACACGAUUUUUGUCCAAUAUGUCGCACGAAAUUCGUACUCCAUUGAUUGGCAUUACCGGCAUGAUUAAUUUCAUGCUGGCUACUAAUCUAACAACGGAACAACUUGAUUACGCGCACACAAUUCAACAAUCUGCAGAUGCAUUGCUUUUAGUCAUAAAUGAUAUAUUGGAUCUGAGUAAAGUUGAAGCUGGAAUGAUGAAACUGGAGAUGGAGCCUUUUUCACUUCAUAAUAUGAUCGAAGAUACCAAUGAAUUACUUUCAACAUUGGCAAUACAAAAGUGUCUUGAACUAAGUUUUAUAGUAGAUGAUAAUGUUCCCAACGUUGUAUGUGGAGACAGAGUAAGAUUACGUCAGGUCUUAUUAAAUGUUAUAGGGAAUGCAAUCAAGUUCACCUCGAGAGGAGAAGUUUUUUCUCGUUGUUCUAUACAUCCAGAAGAAUCAGGAAUUAACGAGAGUGAAGUUAUAUUGUUGUUUGAAGUUGUUGAUACUGGUGACGGGUUUGAUUCUGGAGAGGAAGCUGCUAUGUUUAAACCAUUUUCUCAAGUGGAUACGUCUUCAACACGGAAACGUGGAGGUAGUGGGCUUGGGUUGGUCAUAUCUAGGCAAUUAAUAGAGCUGCAUGGAGGCAAAAUGUACUGUAAAAGUCAAAAAGGUGUUGGAUCAACGUUUUAUUUCACAGCCAAAUUCCAAAUACCUCCUGAUUCCACAGAUCCUCGUCCAUCUACACCAACUUCCGAGGAGCUCAAUCCGUUUCUUCGGAUUAGCAAGUUUGCUGUGCAGAAUGAUAUUAGUUCUCCACCUCCUUCAAAUUUACAGUCAUCAAAUCUAACAUCUUCUCCCAUGUCAACCGUCUGCCAAAAUUCUCCUGUGUCAACCGUCUGCCAAAAUUCUCCCGUGCCAACCGCCUGCCAAAAUUUCGAACCUUCACUUCCAAAUCCAUUCGGUUGUAUAGAACCCAAUAAUAAUAAUGUAUCAUUGCCCGAUUUCGAACAGUUAAUUUUGCUCCAUCCCGUUUGUGUUCUUAUAGUGGCCGAUCUACCACGAUCACGUGAAACUUUGGUGUACUAUGUUCGCUCCAUUCUUCCUAAAUCACCAACACCUGAUAUUGAUAUUACUUGCAACUAUGACGAAGCUAAUGAUCGACUUACAAGUUCAGAAAUAAAGUCUUAUACACACAUUCUUAUAAAUUUAGUUUCUCAAGAUCAUAUUAUUUUUCUUUCUACUAAAAUCAAAAAUUUGACACACCUCUCGCUCACCAUCACUGUAAUAUUAACCACUCCAAUUCAACGUGCUGGAAUUAUGGAGGGUGCACGAAACGAUUUACCAGAACGUGUUGAUUUUAUUUUAAAACCUCUUAACAGAACCAAAAUGGAAGGUUUAUUUGAUCAUACCACCACAGUACGGGAUAAUUUCUUAAGACGCAGAAACACGCAUCAAAUAGUUGCAUCUCAAAGAGAAGUGUUUCAACGUAUGGCAGAUGCUGUCGGUGACAAAGGAUUUAGAGUCUUGUUAGUUGAAGACAAUUUUGUUAAUCAGAAAGUGAUGACAAAAUAUCUCACUAAAGUGGGUUUGGAGGUUACUGUUGUUGAUAAUGGUGCUCAAUGUUUGGAAAAGUUUUAUUCACAUGAUCACAAUUAUUUUUCAUUAAUAUUGUGUGACUUAUUCAUGCCCGUUAAAGAUGGAUUCGAGACGACGGCUGAAAUUCGAUCGUGGGAGGCUGAAAAUUUAACGGAUGAACCACCGAUCCCAAUAAUUGCACUUACUGCGAAUGUGAUGUCAGAUGUGGCGGAAAAAUGUUUUGAAGUUGGAUUUACAAGCUACGUCAGUAAACCUGUUAGCUUCUCUAAAUUAAGUGAU